GCGCACCAUGGGCGGCAAGAAGGUCUGCAUCGUGGGCUCCGGCAACUGGGGCUCGGCCAUCGCCAAGAUCGUGGGCAGCAACGCGGCGCGGCUGGGCACCUUCGAGAGCCACGUGAGCAUGUGGGUGCUGGAGGAGGAGGUGGGCGGCCGGCGCCUCACGGACAUCAUCAACACGGAGCACGAGAACGUCAAGUACCUGCCGGGCCGCAAGCUGCCCCCCAACGUGGUGGCGGAGCCGGACCUGCUCAAGGCCUGUGCCGGGGCCGACAUCCUGCUGUUCGUGGUGCCUCACCAAUUCAUCGGCAAGGUCUGCGACCAGCUCAAGGGCCACAUCAAGAAAGAUGCCAUCGGGCUGUCGCUCAUCAAGGGGGUGGAUGAAGGCCCAGAGGGGCUGAAGCUGAUCUCGGACAUCAUCCGCGAGAAGUUGAGCAUAGAGAUGAGCGUCCUCAUGGGGGCCAACAUCGCCAACGAGGUGGCGGACGAGGAGUUCUGCGAAACGACCAUUGGCUGCAAGAACACGCAGCAAGGGCAGAUCCUCAAGGAGCUCAUGCAGACGCCGAAUUUCCGGGUGAGCGUGGUGCAAGAGGCUGACACCGUGGAGAUCUGCGGGGCGCUCAAGAAUGUCGUAGCCGUGGCGGCCGGGUUCUGCGAUGGCCUUGGCUUUGGGGACAACACCAAGGCUGCUGUGAUCCGUAUGGGCCUCAUGGAGAUGAUCGCCUUUGCCAAGCUCUUCUGCAAGGGCCCCGUCACCUCCUCCACGUUCCUGGAGAGCUGCGGCGUCGCCGACCUCAUCACCACCUGCUACGGAGGCCGCAACCGCAAGGUGGCCGAGGCUUUCGCCAAGACGGGCAAGUCUAUCGAGCAGCUGGAGAAGGAAAUGCUGAAUGGGCAGAAGCUGCAGGGGCCACAGACAUCCGCCGAGCUGCACCACAUCCUCAAGAGCAAGAAAGCAGUGGACAAGUUCCCUCUCUUCACAGCCGUGUAUCAGAUCUGCUACGAGGGCAAAGCUGUUGCUGACAUCAUCAAGUGCCUUCAGGACCAUCCUGUGCACAUGUAGGGCAGCUCAGCUGCU